GUUUUGACGAUUACCCGUAAUGCAUUUCGGCACCAAGAACAUGAAGCAAGAUGGCGACUAAAACAAGUAAAGAGAGCGCUCCUCCCUUUGAUUGUCCAUCAUGGGCAGGCAAGCCACCAGCGGGACUUCAUCUAGACGUGAUGAAGGGAGACAAACUAGUAGAGAAACUAAUUAUAGAUGAGAAGAAAUACUACCUGUUUGGGAGAAACCCAGACUGGUGUGACUUCACUAUUGAUCACCAGUCCUGUUCACGUGUUCAUGCUGCAUUGGUCUACCACAAACAUCUAAAAAGGGUCUUCUUGAUUGACCUGAACAGCACGCAUGGUACAUUUCUUGGACAUAUCCGUUUAGAAGCUCACAAGCCACAACAAGUUCCCAUAGACUCAACAAUAUCUUUUGGGGCCUCAACAAGAACUUACACCAUUAGAGAGAAGCCUCAAACUCAAGGGGCUCCAGGCACCGGGGACCUCAAAACAGGGGACGAUGAGGAACUCAAAGGACUUUUGGGACUCCCAGAGGAAGAGACUGAGCUGGAGAAUUUGACAGAGUUCAACACAGCACACAACAAACGUAUUUCUUUACUGACCAUUGAAGAAGGCAACCUGGAGAUUCAGAGGCCUAAGAGGAAACGAAAAAGCUCUAGAGUCACAUUUUGUGAUGAGGAUUCUAUUAUUAACCCAGAGGAUAUUGAUCCUUCGGUUGGACGCUUUAGAAACAUGGUACAGACAGCUGUGGUUCCAGUGAAGAAACGAAGAUCAGAAGGUCAGAACACGCUAGGCCUUGAUGAUGUGACAUCCAAACGGCAUGGCUACAGUUUUGCUGGUGGUCUUUAUGGGGACUUGCCUCCCACCAGCCAUGAAAAUCACCCUGCAGGCGCUCCAGGAGGUGUGGCCAUGCACGGAGGACUUCCAUUCCCCAAUCCAGCGCCUGAAGUGAACCUAGCCCCAGAGCCUCCACAGCCCCCUGUCACACUCAAUCCCACCCCUGUUACUGCUCCCUAUCUGCCCGAGGCACACAACGAGCCUCGCAAAAAGAAGUAUGCCAAAGAAGCUUGGCCAGGCAAGAAACCCACCCCAUCACUACUUAUAUAAGGACGUUGACGGGGCUGCUGACUCUCAGGUUACCAGGAGGCGUACCAGGGACUAUGGCCUGGCACAUGUUCUGUUUGAAUUGUUUUGUUUGAUGGUUUUAAUACUCAUUGUUAUUACUAAAAAUGCAGUCGAUUGGCAGAUAACCUUUGAGGGGGUUGAGAAAAACAAAAAACUAAAACAGCAGUUGCAAAGUCAUAUCAUAACCGGGAUGUUCUUGUGGCUGUUAAUGUAAUUAUUAUGAAUUAUUGGAUAAGUGCUUUUAGUGGCGCUCAAAUACAGAUGACAAAAUGAGUCAAUGAGUUACAUUUAUGUGUCAUGUGAUUCGUUUUUUUCUACUGGACAUAUUUUGACCUUUUAACUUCUUUUAAUAUUUUGAGAAUGCUUUUAAAAUACUAUACAUAUUUUUUACAAACAUUACAUGAGAGCAGUGGCAAAUAUUCAAAUCUUUUCUAAUUCUUAUAAUUGUUUUUUUUUAUUUUAACACCGCAUUGUGUCCAAAUUGUUGACUUACAAAGCUAUCUGAUGCAAGACUGAAAAGUAUUUAUAAAAAAUUUAUUGUAGAAGGUUGCCAUUUAAAAAUCUAAAACAUCAUGCGUUCCCACUAGAGGGCAGCCUUUGCUUUAGUCAUUGUUUUGUUUUUUUUUGCAGGCUGACCUACUGUACCCAUAAGAAACCAAUUUCUGGCUAUUAUUUAUAAAUAUCUUUUCCACUGUUCCAGAUAUAAACCAUCCCUGAUAACGACAAUUUGUGCACAAUAUUCAUUUUUAAUUAAAGACCUACAGUAACAGUAAGAACAGUAACUAUAUUUCUGUUUGCGGGAAAUCAACAUUUGAACUUUAAUGUCAGAUUCAGAUGCACUUGUAAUACAAUAUUCCUAAACAGUAGUGACGUUUGUUUUGUAAAAAAAAUAUUUCUGUAAUAAAAUGGUAAUACAUUGGUGCUUUUAGC